AUGGAACAAGUGUGUGACUUUGUCAUCGAUUGUGAAGAUGGAUCAGACGAAGAGUUUUGUGGCUCUUGUGACUUUGAGGAACAUUCAUGUGGAUGGAUUGAUAACAGCAGGGAUGAAUUUCAAUGGAGACUUGAGAUGGCAAACAUUAGUGCCAUCCCCGGUGUGGACCAUACUACAGGAUCACCUUGGGGCGGAGUUAUGCAUUUGGAAGGUGAAAGUGCAGGUCUCUUCUCAAAAGCAGUUUUGGAGCACACGCUUCUCCGCUCUACUGCACUUGGAUGCAAGAUACGCUUCUGGUACCAUCUUCACGAUGACAUAAGUGUGUCUUCAUACUUUGCUCUGACUUUGAUAACUAACACUUCGACUGAGCAGUUGUGGUCCAUUAAAAAAGGCCAGACCAACGGCUGGGAAAACGCUUCUGUGUUAAUUGGUAAUCGUCUACAAGGGUCGAAGAUUGAAUUUUCUGUGGACCCUGUUUAUAUUGGAAGUCAGGAUAUCCUUCUGGAUGACAUCACACUGAUAGACUGUGCCGAUGCAGACGUUCCAGCAGGUUCAGAUAAUCUCAGCUGUGAUUUUGAGGAAGACAACUGUGCCUGGUACGAUGAUCAGCUGGCUCAACUCAAAUGGCAGAGGGCAGAUGGAAAUAAACCUUCAGCUGAUCAGGGACCUGGAUAUGAUCACACUACCGGCUCUGGUUAUUAUAUGUUCAUAGCAUCAAAAUGGAGCUCCAAACCAACUGAGACAGCUAGGCUGGUCAGCUUUCCACAGCAGGCCAAAUGUGUCACCUUCUGGUAUCUAAUGUACGGUGCAAACAUAGGCUCUCUCAGAUUCAUCACAAAGCAGUCGAAUGGAACACAUGUUAUAUGGAUGAGAACUGGAACCCAAGGCAACAAGUGGCGUUUCGUGGAUCUUAGCUUUGCAAACAACGAAGAGCCGAUCCAGUUUAUAUUUGAGGGGUCCCUGGAAGGCACCAGUGGUUACAUUGCAAUAGAUGACGUGCAGGUGUCGAGCAGUGUAAACGGGUCAUGUCCAGCUGAACGCGAGUGCACCUUCCAGGGUUCCUUAUGUGGCCUUCAGCCUGAUCCCACAACAGAAUUUGACUGGGUCCGAACAAAAGGAGAACUGGUCACUGGCACCCCCAGCCCCACAAUGGAUCACACUCUAGGAACUGACAAAGGAUACUACAUGAGUGCACAGGUUUGGAGGUACCCCAGUGACAGCAGAGGCAGCAUGGUGACCAAAGUCAAUCAUCCGACCCCUGGGCAUGGGGAGUGCUGGAUGUUCUGGUACCACAUGGAUGGAAGAAACGUGGGCUUUCUUAACAUCUACAUCGAGGAGCUGCGCAGCGCCAGGUCUCAUACGCCUGUGUGGAGCAUGAGUGGAGAUCAGGGAGAACAGUGGAGACAUGGCAGAGUCAUAUUUGAAGCAGUGGUUGGCAGUGAGCAAGGAAAAGAUAUUGCUAUUGAUGACUUGACUAUCCUCAAUGACCCUUGUCCACCAUCUGGGUUCUGUGAUUUUGAGAUUGACUUGUGUGGAUGGGUGAAUGUUCGUGUCGAUACCUCCAGUGUUGAAUGGAGCUGGACAUCUGGAAUCAGUGCGUCAUCAUUUGCUCCUAAAGUGGACCACACCACCAACACAGCCCUGGGACACUACAUAGCAUAUAUUCCAGUAAUAUGGCUCGAGCAGGUUCCUCAUAUUCAGAGUGAACUGAUGCAGCCUAACUCUCAAGGAUGCUUGGAAUUCUGGUACUACAUGCACAUGUGGGCAUAUUUCGAUAAGCUCAAACUUACAGUUUAUGUGAAUGAGUCUGGCUCUCUACGGUCAUUGUGGAAUCUAACCGGUGAUCAGGGGAAUGUAUGGCAUCAAGCUACUGUGUACUACACAUCAUCUGUACAACACCAGAUUGUGUUUGAAGUUACCCGUACAAAAUUAACCGAAGAUGGAGUCAUCGCUCUGGAUGAUAUCUACACAAGCUGCUCUGCACUGGACCUGACCACAGCUGCACCCACGACCGAAGCCACGUCUCCAACUCCCUCCUCCAUGGACUGCACCUUUCAGGAGGGACUGUGUAACUGGGUUCAAGAGACAGAGGAUGGUUUCGAUUGGAACCGUCUGAUGGGGGGACAGCUGAAUCAACCAUGGCUAGGACCCCUUUAUGAUCACACAUUAAAAAAUGACUACGGGUUUUAUCUCAUUGCAAAUAUGUCUGAUGAGAAAACGGGUGAGACGGCAGUUAUUUCUUCUCCACUGACAAUUUCCAACACUGACGUCUGUAUCAGAUUCUGGUACUAUAUGUUAGGACCAUCUGUUGGGACCUUAGAUCUGAUUCUUGAGACGAAAACAAAAGAAACCCUUGCAUGGACAAGAGCAGGCACCCAGAACUCCGAGUGGUUGAAUGCACAGGUCUCCAUUAGUGUUACAGAUGUCCAGAGAGUGAAGUUCUCCGUGAACAGAAUCACAGGAGGCACAGGGUUUAUAGCGAUUGAUGACCUCAGUGUGACAGCAGGAGCUUGUGAGGAACACAAUCCAUGUGGGUUUGAAUCUCCUUCACUAUGUGGCUUUGAGUCUGAUGUGACUGAUGAUUCUCUGUGGCUGUGUGUAGACGGCAGCAGUGGUCAUAUUGACCACACAUACAGAGCUGAACUUGGCCAUUCAAUGGCUGUGCUUGGAGCCGAGCUUCAAAAACCAGAGGUCACAAAACUUCUGACACCAGAAUACACCUCAUCUACAGAGUCCUGCCUGCAGUUCUGGUACUGGUUGUCUGCAGGCACAAGUGAUUCUCUCUCAGUACAUAUGCUUCGGAAUGGAGAGCUGGAUCCAGCACUCUGGGAUCUGUCUGGAGCACCUUCUCAUAGUUGGGAAGUAGCUGAGGUCACCAUAUCGUCCCCCUCCAAAUUCAGGGCAAGUUUCCCUUUUCUGUGUUAUUUUCCAUUAGUUAUAAUGUUCUUGUUGUUCUUCCUGUCCUUGCUUUCUGGUCACUUAUCAUAAUAUUACAAAGAACAUGUCUUCA